GAGGAGGAGCAAUGAGCUGACAUUCAAACUGAUCAGUGCAUGGAAAGGGGUAGAAAUCAGCUUUGACCCAAACAGAAGGACAGACUGCCAGUACAAAAAAUAUAUUUAUUUUUUUUUUUGCAGCAAAUAUUAGAAUCUGAGAUAUUUUAUAUUUAAAGAGAUGUCACCCAGGUUGAUGUUGUCUUCAUGUCUGGCACUGUGGAUCAGCUGUUGUGCCAUCACCUUGGCUGAGGACUCAUUCUUGACCAGAGCUCAAGACCUGAUGAAGGAAACGCCGCUUAUUGAUGGCCACAAUGACCUGCCUUGGCAGCUUCGAAAGAGCUUCAACAAUCAACUCAACAAGGUGGAUCUCAACACACUGGAUACAACACACACCAACAUCCCAAAGAUCAGGAAGGGACAGAUCGGUGCACAGUUCUGGGCGGCGUAUGUUCCCUGUGACACGCAGUACAAAGAUGCUGUCAGGCAAACUCUGGAGCAGAUAGACGUGAUCCACAGGAUGUGUUCAAAAUACCCAGACACUUUCCAGUUUGCCACCAGCAGCAAAGAUAUCGAGGAUGCCUUCAGAUCGAAAAAGGUGGCCAGCCUGAUAGGGGUGGAGGGGGGUCACUCCAUCGACAGCAGCCUUGGGACUCUGCGCGUGAUGUACCAUUUGGGCGUCCGCUACAUGACGCUCACGCACUCGUGCAACACACCCUGGAUGGACAACUGGCGUGUGGACACCGGAGCAGACCCAUCUGAGCAUAACGGCCUUUCUGUUUUUGGCGAGAAAGUGAUUGCGGAAAUGAACCGUCUGGGGAUGCUCAUCGACUUGGCUCACGUGCCUGUAAAAGUGAUGAAUCGGGUCCUGGACAUAUCCAAAGCUCCCGUUAUCUUCAGCCACUCCUCUGCGUACACCGUCUGUCCACACAAGAGGAACGUCCCCGAUGACGUCCUCGAUAGACUGAAUAAAACUGGAGGAAUUGUGAUGGUGAACUUCUACAAUGACUAUGUGACGUGCAGCACGACGGCAAACCUCUCAGAUGUGGCUGAUCACUUUGACCAUAUAAAGAAGGUGGGCAGCGCGGGUAUUAUUGGUUUUGGUGGAGAUUAUGAUGGAGUACCCAGGGUUCCUGAGGGUUUGGAGGACGUGUCUAAAUAUCCCGAUCUGGUGGCUGAACUUCUGAGGAGAGGGUGGACGGAUGAGGAAGUGAAAGCAGCUCUUGGAAACAACCUCCUCCGGGUCAUGAGGGAGGUUGAAAAGGUCCGUGACACGAUGUUGACCACCUCGCCGGAUGACAGCCCUAUUCCAUACGAUGAUGUGAAGAACCCCUGCAGGACGAGCUACGGCUACACCGUCUCUGGAGCCGUUCGUUCUCUCAGCACAUUGACCCUUUUGCUCGUUACGGCUUUCCAGGCUGUUAUGACAUUAACAGAUUAGUAAUCACCUCCGCAGUGACAUUUCAUUAAAUCUUAGGAUUUGAAAACUUUAAUAUUAAAACUCUUUGUUCUGGUCAACCUUCAAUUAUUUUAUCAGUUUACUAAAAUACUCAAGUUACCUAACAAUGAUUAGUCAAAGCAGAGCUUAAGCUUAAGAUCAAAGGAUGCAUGAGAGGGCAAAUCUUAGACUCUUAUCUUGAUUUUACUACAGUAUCCAAGAGUUGUUUUUUUUCUCUGAGUGAAGAAUGAUCUGCACUGGAUGGGAGCUCUUAUGUGAGAGAAUAGCUCCAUCUGGUGUUCUUUGUAAGACACUACAAGAGCAUUUAUCAACAGCUUUUGGCGAACUGCUGGACAAGAAGAAAUAUGUCUGAUUUCACAGGAUAAUAAAACACAGAAAUAAAGUGUCAUCAACUUUCAUAUCUUUACUUUACAGAAGCACCAUUAACGGAUCACUAAAAGACAUGAAACUGGAGUUACAGUAGAACAUUUUAUGAAAACAGUGUCAUUUUCUUUUAAAUGCAUGAGGGAAGUCUUAAAAAAUAAAAAUCCAACAGAUUAGGUUUAAUCAGGAAGUCUGAUCUACAUCGCCACCUUUCAGAAAUUAACUGUAAACACAAUUACUUAACGUUUUUAGUCAUUUAAGAUGCCCAACGGUGAAUGUUGGUUCUUGCAAAUCCCAGAGCAUUCAAGCAUCACUGUUGCCAUAAUUCAGUAGUUUAUAUUCCUUUUUUUGUCAGCCACACAGUGGAUUAAACAUGUUUUAAUUAA